UUCAGUUAUCAAUUAAAAGCGGAGACGCGCCCAAGUGGCGGUACAACGGCAUAAAAUCCACAUUUUGCUACAGCAAAUAUUACAAUAACAUUCAUACCUCGGAACGAAAUAUUGUUGGCAAAAAUAGUGGAAUAGUGGAGGAAAUAUCGACCACAAAUCACGGCGCAGGCACAAGUGGCACAGCACAACAAAACCGACCAUAGACACCGACCAAAAUUUAGUUACUUUGUAUUUGUUGAAAAUGAUAAAUGCCGCCGGAACGGUCGGAUACACAAGCGCAGCCCUGAAGCUGAUAUUGUUGGCUAACUUGCUGUUGUUCGGCACCAUGAACGUGUUUACUUACAUAGAAAUGAGCGAAGCUGCUGCAAUAUCUAACCACAACGACACAGAGGCAACAGGCGACCAAAUAUUAGGAGAUACGCGUAACUGGCGCUUAAUCACGCGCGCCGAAUGGCGUGCACGUCCGCCCACAUCGAGCACCAAUUUCACCGGCCCUGCGCCAUAUGUUAUCCUACAUCAUUCCUAUCAGCCGGGCGUUUGCCGGACUGAGGAUGCUUGCAAAGCGGCGAUGCGCUCAAUGCAGAACUACCAUAUGGACACGCAUGGUUGGCCGGACAUUGGCUACAGUUUCGCAGUUGGCGGUGAUGGCAAUGUGUAUGAGGGGCGCGGCUAUGAGGUGGUCGGUGCACAUGCUCCCAACUACAACAGCCGCAGUAUUGGUCUACUCUUGAUUGGUAAUUUUAUGGAUGAGCUGCCACCAGUGCCCAUGUUGCAAGUGGCACAGGACUUUAUUAAAUACUCAUUGGAGGGCGGUCAUUUGCGUGACGAUUACAUUUUAUACGGUCACCGGCAGGUACGCAACACCGAGUGUCCCGGCGAUGCGUUGUAUGCGUUGAUUAAAGAAUGGCCCCACUGGCAGGAGCACAACUGACUGACAUCAGUUCCCACAUGUGGCGAAUGAAAAUUUUAGCUCAUUAAUAUUUUAACUUUUAAUUUGUAUUUCAUGAAUACCAGCAAUGUACAUAAAUACUCAUAAUAAUACAUAUUUAAGUUUAUACAACCAA